GAGUUGCUUCCUCGCGUUGAUCUGGACUUAGGGAGAAGGCGUUUGAGGGCAGUGCGGGCGCAGGAAGCGGAGCGAGGCUGCGGAGAGCGAGCCGGGAGCUGUGGGGCUGCAGUGCGAUGAAGCAGCGGCUCAGGGAGCGGAGGCUGGCGGUGUGGCGAGACGGUCCGGCCCGGGGCCGGGACUGCUGCUCCGGAGGCUGCUGAGACGCCGCGGCGGUCGGCGCAGAGCACGGCGGGCGAGAGGGAGGAGAGGCUGCGGAGCGCGGGGAAGCCGGGCAGGGCGGCCGGCGGCUCGGGUUGGCCUCCCGGGUUGGGAUCCCCCGGGUGGAACCAUGCGGGUGGCCAAGUGGCUGACGGGGCUGCUCUACCAGCUCUCGCUCUUCAUCACCAGGUCUUGGGAAAUUCACUUCCACCCCAGGCAAGAAGCCCUGGUAAGGACGCUGGUCUCCUACGAAGUGGUGACCCCCGCGCGGGUCAAUGAGUUUGGCGAAGUGUUCCCUCAGAGCCACCACUUCAGCCGGAGGAAGCGCAGCUCGGAGGCGCUGGAGCCCACGCCAUUCAGGACCCACUACCGAAUCAGCGCCUACGGGCAGCUCUUCCAGCUGAACCUGAGCGCGGACGCGGCCUUUUUGGCCGCGGGCUACACGGAGGUGCACCUGGGCGCCGCGGCGCGCAGGGCGGAGGAGCGCAGCGUGGUGCCUCCAGAUCUACGCCACUGCUUCUAUCGAGGCCAGGUCAAUGCUCGCGAGGAUCACACAGCGGUCUUCAGCCUCUGUGGAGGACUGAUGGGAACAUUUAAAGCGCAUGAUGGUGAAUAUUUCUUAGAACCUAUAAUGAAGGCAGAUGGGAGUGAACAUGAAGAUGAUCAUAACAAGCCACAUCUUAUAUACAGACAGGAAUUAAAGAGCAACUAUUUUCUGCAAUCUCACAAGCCUUGUGAAGUUUCAGAAAGUCAAGUAAAACAGACCACUUUACCCCUUCACAACCACAGCAACAUGAAUGAUCUUAAUGUAAAGAAGGAAAUGGUUUUAGGAUAUCCUUCAAAAAAUAAAUCCUUGGAAGAUGAAAGAAGUCAAUUACAUUCCAGGAAAAAACGUUUCUUAUCCUAUCCAAGAUACGUGGAAGUCAUGGUUACAGCUGACGCUAAAAUGGUUCAUCAUCAUGGACAGAAUCUGCAGCAUUAUGUACUAACUCUAAUGUCAAUUGUUGCAGCAAUCUACAAGGACUCAAGUAUUGGAAAUCUUAUCAACAUAGUAAUUGUAAAAUUAGUUGUAAUUCAUAAUGAACAGGAAGGACCAGUCAUCAGUUACAAUGCAGCUACCACAUUGCGUAACUUCUGUUUAUGGCAACAAACUCAGAAUGUUCUUGAUGAUGCUCACCCUUCUCACCAUGACACUGCUGUUCUUAUCACUAGGGAAGACAUUUGUGGAGCUAGAGAGAAAUGUGACACAUUGGGUUUAGCAGAAUUAGGUACCCUGUGUGAUCCUUUACGGAGCUGCUCUAUUAGUGAAGAAAAUGGACUCAGUGCUGCCUUUACCAUAGCCCAUGAGCUUGGGCAUGUAUUUAAUGUUCCACAUGAUGAUAGUUUUAAAUGUAAGGAAACUGGAAUUAAACAUCAAUAUCAUGUAAUGGCUCCAACUUUAAAUUACCACACAAGUCCUUGGACCUGGUCAAAAUGUAGUCAGAAAUAUAUCACUGAAUUCCUAGAUACUGGUCAUGGGGAGUGCCUUCUUGACAAACCAAAUGGGAGAAUAUAUGAUCUGUCUUCACAACUUCCUGGAUUAAUGUAUGAUGUAAACAAGCAAUGUGAACUUAUGUUUGGUCCUGGAUCACAAGUAUGUCCCUACUUGAAGCAAUGCAGACGUCUCUGGUGCACUAGCGCAGAAGGAGUUCACAAGGGCUGUCGCACUCAGCACAUGCCCCUGGCAGAUGGGACAAACUGUGGUCCUGGGAUGCAUUGCCACCAUGGGCUGUGUGUAAACAAAGAAAUGGAAGCACGUCCUGUAGAUGGUGAAUGGGGACCAUGGGGACCAUACAGCUCUUGUUCAAGAACAUGUGGAGGUGGCAUCAAAAGCACAACGAGACUCUGUAAUCGCCCCGAGCCAAGAAACGGAGGAAAGUACUGUGUGGGCCGCAGGAUGAAAUUUCGAUCAUGUAAUACCGAUUCAUGUCCAAAAGGCAAGCAAGACUUUCGAGAGAAGCAGUGCUCUGAUUUUGAUGGUAAACAUUUCAACAUCAAUGGUCUUUCCCCUAAUGUGAGGUGGCUUCCAAAAUACAGUGGGAUUGCCAUAAAAGAUCGCUGUAAACUCUAUUGUCGGGUUGCUGGAACCACUAACUUCUACCAGUUGAAGGACAGGGUUGCUGAUGGUACUCCUUGCGGCACCGAAACCAAUGACAUCUGUGUUCAAGGCCUCUGUCGGCAAGCUGGCUGUGAUCACGUGUUAAACUCCAAGGCCAAGAGAGACAAAUGUGGAGUGUGUGGUGGGGAUAACUCUUCAUGCAGGACAAUGGCAGGUGUCUUCAACAGUGCUCAUUAUGGUUAUAAUGUUGUUGUCAAGAUUCCCACAGGAGCAACAAACAUUGAUAUUCUUCAGCACAGCUAUUCUGGAAAACCAGAAGAUGACAAUUACCUUGCAUUAUCUGACACUAAAGGGAAUUUUCUUUUGAAUGGGAAUUUUGUUGUAAGUAUGUCAAAAAAAGAAAUCAACAUACAAGGAGCUAUUUUUGAAUACAGUGGUUCAAACAGCUCAAUUGAAAGAAUUAAUAGUACUGAUCGGCUGGAAGAAGAAGUUGUUUUGCAGGUUUUGUGUGUGGGUAAUUUAUACAACCCUGAUGUACGAUAUUCCUUCAAUAUUCCUGUGGAAGAGAGGAGUGACCUAUUCACAUGGGAUCCAUAUGGACCAUGGCAAGAUUGUACCAAGAUGUGUCAAGGUCUUCACAGAAGAAAAAUUACCUGCAUUCGGAAGAGUGAUCACAUGGUAGUGUCUGAUCAAAGAUGUGACCACUUACCACUUCCAUUGUUUGUGACUGAAAGGUGCAAUACAGACUGUGAACUAAGGUGGCACAUCAUUGGCAAAAGUGAAUGUUCAUCCCAUUGUGGUCAAGGAUAUAGGUCCUUGGAUGUCCACUGCAUGAAAUAUUCCAUUCAUAAAGGGCAAACUGUUCCAGUAGAUGACCACUACUGUGGUGACCAACUUAAACCUCCCACACGAGAACCCUGCCAUGGUGACUGUGUCUUAACAAAGUGGCAUUAUUCAGAAUGGUCCCAGUGUUCCAGGAGUUGUGGAGGAGGGGAAAGGUCUCGAGAAUCUUACUGUAUAAAUAACUUUGGCCACCAUCUUGCUAACAGAGAAUGCCAAGAUAUUCCCCGAGUGACAACCGAGAAUUGCAAUGAAUUUUCCUGUCCCAGUUGGGCUACUAGUGAGUGGAGUGAGUGUCUUGUUACAUGUGGAAAAGGAACAAAACAGCGGCAAGUGUGGUGUCAGCUGAAUGAAGAUCACUUGAGUGAUGGUCUCUGUAAUCCAAGUACCAAACCUGAAUCUCUGAGACCAUGUGAGCUUCAUACAUGUGCUUCCUGGCAAGUAGGACCAUGGGGUUCUUGCACGGCCACAUGUGGACAUGGGUAUCAGAUACGUGCUGUUAAAUGUGUCAAUGAGCUGCUCAGUGCAGUGUUAGAUGAUGGAGUCUGCCAUGGAGCCAGCCGCCCAAGUGACAGGCAGGACUGUAUAGUCAUACCUUGCCCAGUUAUCCCUAAAAUUGGGGCCACUUCAUUGUCAGCUGUUCCCAUAGGAAAGAUAGCCCAAUGGCGACAUGGUUCUUGGACCCCAUGCUCUGUGUCUUGUGGACGAGGUAAUCAAGCGCGCUAUGUAAGUUGUCGUGAUGCUUACGAUGGAAUAGCAGAUGAAUCCUAUUGUGCCCAUUUACCCCGACCUGCUGAAGUAUCUGUCUGUUUUAACCCUUGUGGGGAGUGGCAAACUGGGAAUUGGUCACCUUGUUCAGCUUCCUGUGGCCAUGGGAAAACAACGCGACAAGUUUUAUGCAUCAACUACCAUCAGCCAAUUAAUGAGAAUUACUGUGACCCUGCAGUUCGCCCUUUGAUAGAACAAGAAUGUAACCUGGCAGACUGCCCACCCAUGAACAGUCACUUUCCAAGUUCCUCUGAGCAGCCGAGCCAUUUUCCAGGCAGGAAUUUUCCAUUAACUCACAAACCAGAAGAUCAUCAAAAUCAGGGGGUCCAUCCGUCAAUCAGAGGAAACCAAUGGAGAACAGGACCAUGGGGAUCAUGUUCCAGCAGCUGUGCGGGAGGCGUCCAGCACAGGGUUGUGGUCUGCCAGGAUGAAAAUGGACAGACUGCCAGUUACUGCGAUGCAGCCUCCAGGCCCCCAGAGGCCAAGCGCUGUGACUCAGGUCCUUGUCCGCGGUGGAACUACGGAAGCUGGGGAGAAUGUACACAAACAUGUGGAGGAGGAAUAAAGUCAAGAUUCGUAAUAUGUCAAUUUCCCAAUGGCCAAAUGUCACAAGAGCAAAACUGUGAAAUCUUAAACAAGCCACCUAGUGUGGUACAAUGUCAUGUGCAUGCUUGCCCUGAUGAGGUGACAUGGCAUCGGGGACCAUGGAAAUCGUGCUCAGCUUCUUGUGGUAAAGGUUUAAAGUACCGUGAGGUGCUUUGCAUUGACCAAUUCCAAGGGAAAUUAGAAGAAAAAUAUUGUAGUCAUCUACAGAAACCUCGAACUCACAAAGCUUGUAGAUCUGUCAGAUGCCCUUCAUGGAAAGCCAAUAGAUGGAAGGAGUGCUCUGUGACCUGCGGCGCGGGAGUUCAGCAAAGGGAUGUGUACUGCAGACUCAGAGGCGUUGGUCGGGUGGCUGACGAAGUGUGUGAUCCAUCCACCCGGCCUUAUUUUCAGCAGCAAUGUUGGCGUCAGGACUGCAAACAGUACCAGUGGGCAGCAGGAGAGUGGCUGAACUGUUCAACAUCAUGUACCAAAACAGAGACACAUCGGCAAGUGAAGUGCACCGAUGCACAAAAUGUUCAAGUGAACGAGAGUUUCUGUGAUCCUUCAACCAGACCUCUUUCAAUCAAAAAGUGCAGGAACCCUUCCUGCAGGUAUAUUGUGGUAACAGGAGACUCAUCACAGUGUGCAGGUAACUGUGGAUUUAGUUACCGACAAAGGAUUACAUAUUGCAUUGCAAUCUGGCCUACUGAGAAAUAUAAGCUUCAUCAACUUUGGCCUAUAGACUAUCGAGAAUGUCCUGUGCUGCCUUCCCCUCAGGUUUACAAAUGCAAUUUUAGGAGCUGUUUGCAUGUGGCCACUUGGAAAGUGGGGAAAUGGAGCAAGUGCUCAGUGACUUGUGGAACUGGGACAAUGGAGAGAAGAGUAGAAUGCAUGGCUGAAAGUGGUUGGUCCAGUAACUUAUGUUUAAAGCGUUUAAAACCAGAUGCUCAAAAGAAAUGUUACAUCAAUGACUGUAAAACAUUUACCAGCUGCAAAGAAAUCCAAGUAAAAAACAACAUUACCAAGGAUGGUGACUAUUACCUUAACAUUAAUGGAAGAAUAAUAAAGAUCUAUUGCGCAGACAUGCACUUGGAGAACCCCAAGGAAUAUAUAUCAUUGGUCAAAGGUGAAGAAGACAACUUUUCUGAAGUGUAUGGUGUUAGACUACAAAAUCCAUAUGAAUGUCCUUUUAAUGGAAGUAGGAGGCAAGACUGUGCGUGUAAAAAUGACUACCUGGCUGCUGGGCACACUGUUUUCAGCAAAAUAAGAAUUGAUCUCAAUUCCAUGCAAAUUAAAACCACAGACCUUCUUUUUGCCCAGACAGUAUUUGGAAAAGCAGUGCCAUUUGCCACAGCGGGAGAUUGCUAUAGUGCUGCCAGAUGCCCACAGGGACAGUUCAGCAUUAACUUGGCAGGAACUGGAAUGAAGAUAUCCAGCACAGCAAAGUGGCUGGCUCAGGGGAGUUAUGCCUCUGUCAUCAUACACAGGUCACAAGAUGGAAUCAAAGUCCACGGCAGAUGUGGAGGGUUCUGUGGAAAGUGUGUUCCUCACAUGACUACUGGUCUCCCAAUUCAAGUAGUAUGAACGUUCAGAAGUGGGAAGGAUGAGGAGAUAUUCUCUGGCAUAUCUGCAGAUAACCGGUGCUCGUUUCUUUACUCUUCCCUUCCUGAGAUUUCCAUGUCCAAAAUGUCUGUGCUUUUUUUUUCUUUCAGGGUGCUCAUCAGGGAAUCAAAUCACUGCUUAAUAUUUCCAAAGACUUCAAAAUAAACUUAACAGAUAAUGUGACUCUAAUUAGGAACUUUUUAAAAGGACAGAAUAAUUUAUGGUAUAAUAUACAGAGAUAUUUGAAUGAAUUAUACCAAGAUAAUGUUGCUGUUAACAAACAGCUUGGACUGGAUCACAGUUAUAUUAUGCCUAUAAACACACAUAUAAAUCUCUACUCAGUAUUGUACUGUACAGUGAAUGUUUAUUCUACUUGUUAAAAUGGAGCAAGUAAAAAUUAGGAAAAUGAA